UUGCCGUUUCAUUCACAUCCUGAGAGGACCUGUGAUAGUCUAUAUUUGAACCGACCUCUUAGAAUCGUUGACCUGAAAUAGUGUCUACGAACCGUGGGUCGGAGGAGUACGCAUUUGGAAAUCGGCGCGCUGGAGUGUAGGCCGCCCGACGCAUGGAGCCGGGUACGAAUGGUGGGUAUACGACUGGACUCGCGUCGUCCGAAGUGCCAUCCCCUGCCAAAGCAACGCGGUCCAGGAGGAAACACGACGACGAAGUGGAUCAUCGGUAUACCAGCCGCAAACGAGGCCGACGCGAGAAAGAUUCGGACGGGGCACCACCUCCAAAGUACCUGGACGAACCGCGCGACCAGUACCGAUCCGCGGUUGGAGACAAAAUUGACCCCGCGUCCAAUGGAAAUGCGACGGCGGCGGCGGCUGUACCAGUUCAACCUGGCACGGUGCUGUUCCUGACUCAUCCCGGCCGCGAAGACAUAUCCAGUGGCAAGUCGUUGCUCGAGCUGAUGCGUCGGUCCAGUCGGCAAAAGCCCAAGCGCCGAGACGACCCUCGAACGGAAGAGGCGUACUUUGCUGUGCAUGACACGGUGAUGGUCCCCCAAGGUCUCGUGGACAAGAUCGACGUGCGACUAAAAGACGACGUUGUGGCCAAGAUUGUGGUCGACCACACGAACAACUGGAUCAAACUGAGCAGUUUUGGGCACAGUCGCGAGUUUAUGCAGAACCUCACGCAAGUCGUCCAGCCGCGAUACCCGUGCAACUACCCCACCCUCCUCGACGAAGUGCUGGUGUCGUUUCUAUUUCAACGGCCCGAGGUAUGUAGUUUGUUACCAUCUAGUGUCAUCGUGACUCAACGCGUGUUCCGUGAGUAGUACGCCGAGACGCUGCUCAAGCCGUUGAUUCAACGGCUCACCCACAGCAACGAGCCCGUGACCGCCGACAAGCACCCCCUUACGACCGCCAUGCGGGUCCACAUUGGCCUGCUCAGACGGCGCGGGCUUGGACACGGCCCCACGGCGCUGUCCACCCGCCACCAAAUCACCACCCUAGCGAUUGUCAAGACCCUUUUCGAAGGCAACGACGGCAACCUGCUGCUGAACCCGUGGAUCUUAGCCUGUUUACACGACUGCACGGACGAGUUGCUGCACGUGGUCGUGGCCAAGCUCACCAACUCCAUCACGUACUUGGCGCUCAUCCAGCCGGAACCGCACAACCUCGAGUGGCUGCGCAUGUGGCAGAACGAGUCCUGGGACGUCCCGAACGCCGACGUCCAAGUGGAGGCGCUGCUCCGCCUCGAACGCCACGACAAGUUUGGCGGCGGCGGCGUCGUGGGGGCGUUCCAUGCCGCCGUCGUGCGCGAAGCGCUCAUUCGAUUUGGAUAUGCCCCGCAAGGCGACUUUCACCUGUUUGCCGACGCGUUUCAAACGUUUUUCCAACUCGCAACCCCCACGCAGAGCUUUCCGCUUCUCGAUGACACGGUGCACAAGUACCCGCCGCCGUACCCCAACGACGCCUCGUACAAGCACCCGGUGGUGGCCCUGCUCGGGCUGUUCCAGCAGACCAUGCCACGUGGAGGCCGGUGGUGGUUUGUCGGCCAUCUGUGGCCAUUCCUCCUUGAACGGCAUGUGGACACCGCCACACUCCGCCUUGUCUUUCAAGAGUACGUGCUGGGGCUGGUGUUUGGUCCCGAAGAAGACGCAGACCGGACGCGCCCCCUGCUGCUGGACAUGCACGCAACGGUGGACUUUCUAGACGCGUUCAACAGCGUCACAGCUGCCACGUCAGCCCACGUCUUCGACGUGUGGACGCAAGUGUGGACAGACCCAUCGUUCGACGUUCCCGUCCCAGUUGUCCUCACCAUGAUAUGUGUGGCAGUGGGCCUGCAGCACGGGCAGUGGCACACGGCAGCGAAACGUGCCGUCGUCAACAGCUUCUCUGACCUCGCCGCCGCCGUCGGCAGUCAGUGCUUUGCAUCUGUGGUGGCUCAAUCUGCGACAACGUUGGGUCCCCUUUCGUGGUUGUUGCACGCGGUGCUUUUAGGCGACCUCGCGUCAUCCGUGGCGAUCCCCACGUGCCACCAAGUGCUGCUCCAUGUGGCCGACAAACCGUCAUGGACACGCCUGGUGCAGCGGCUUUUGGUCGUGGCGCUGGUGGCCGUCCGUGAUGAUGUCUCUUGUCCGGCAUCCACGCCGACGUUUUACGAUUCCACCACCAGCGCCAUGGUGCCGUUUCCACUGCGUGCGUCGUCGUCGAACACCAACACUCGUAGCCCUCACCCGAUGGUGUAUCGCCUCCAGGUGUUGACUGCAUUGAUCCAAGACAUCCGGCACCCCCCUUCUGCCCUCUUUGUUCGCCGGCAACUCGUUUCCGCAACGUGCUUUGAGUCGCUUCUCGACUUGGCUUCUUCUACCCGACAGGACGUGGCCCUCCAUGCGCUGAGGCUGCUGGGGGAGCUUGCCCCAACCUCGUCACAUGACAUCGAGUCGUCGUCGCCGUUUGGCCAAGACACAGUCGUCCACGUCCUCGUGCGGCUAGUCAGUUUGCGGCAAUGCCAAGUGGCCGCCGCGGCGCUGGCGCUUCUGGACCGCUUGGCGACCGUUUACGAUGGGUUCGUGUCCGCCGUCCUGCUCGAUCAGUGCGCCGCGCUUGACGUGCCGACCAUCGUACAACUCACAAACGUGACCAAGCGGAGGUUGAGACGGUCUCUGGAAGGCAGUUGUUGGAGGGAUGUCGUCCAGUUUAUCGACCGGCAGUUCCUCUUGGGCAUGGCCGGCUCGUGGCAAGACGCGUCAGCCCAACACGUCGCGCUGCUCAUGCUGCGGCAUCUGUGCCACGUGGACCUCCGUCGCGAGUGGUCGCGGCUGAUCUGCCUCGGGAUUCGAACGCUGGAGUCAUCCACGGAGCCGCUCUGCCUCAUCCAGCUCGACAUUGUGCUGUGGAUCGUGUCACACGAUCAACGCCACCAGUUCCGCGCCGAAUUCGAGCACGCCAAUGCGCAUCAGCAGGUGGAGAGAUUGCUGUCGCUGCCGCAGUGGCAUGUUCCUUCGAUAUUGGCCAUGGCGCACCAGGCGUUGAAAGGCUUAGACUGUUAUAUGGCAGCACGCGAGAACUAGUAAUCACAAGGUCAUUUGCUGCUGUGUAGGUAGCACUGUAACUACUUGUGUUGGGAUUGUUGAGAGGUCAAAUUAUAUUAUUAUCGUUGCCUGCACUAGGUAUUUGUAUGGACUAUACACACGAGAUUUUAAAAAAAUCAAAUGCAUUCCGUUAGC